AUGGUUGAUAUCGACUCACAGAUUCCAACUGCUUUCGAUCCAUUUUCUGAGGCCAAGGACUCAGGCGCGCCUGGAGCCAAGGAGUACGUGCAUAUUCGCAUCCAACAAAGGAAUGGAAAGAAAAGCCUAACGACUGUUCAGGGACUGAGGAAGGAAUUAAGCUACGACAAGAUCCUUAAAGACCUUAAAAAAGAGUUCUGCUGCAACGGUAAUGUUGUUCAGGACAAAGAGCUCGGUAAGGUGAUUCAACUCCAAGGCGAUCAGCGUAAGAAAGUUUCUCAGUUCCUCAUCAAUGCCAACAUUGUGAAGAAGGAUCAGAUUAAGAUUCACGGUUUCUAA